ACAUCUGCAGUAACAACAACUGCUUCAUCAACACCUGCUCCAGUAACUACUGCAUCAACAACAAAACCUCUUCUGACAACUGCUGCAAGAACUGCAUCAACUACCGGACCUGCUCUGACAACAACAUCAGCUGCAACAACAUCAACAGCAACAAGCAAUGCCUUAAAAACAGCUUCUUUGACAACAACUGCAUCACCAACACCUGUUCAGACCACAACUGCAGCAACAACAAGUGCUCAGACAACAAUAUCUGCUGCAUCUGCAUUAACAGCAACUCCGUCAACAACACCUGCUGCAUCAACAACAACACCUGCUCUGAUAACAACUGCUGAAACAAUUGCAUCAACCGCAGCAAUAACUGCAUCAACAACAACACCUCCUCUGACAACAUCUGCAGCAACAGCAAGUGCGUCAACGACACCUGCUCCAGUAACGACUACAUCUGCUGCAACAACUAUAUCAAGUACAACACCUGCUAUGACAACAUCUGCAGCAACAGCUGCAACAACUAUAUCAAGUACAACACCUGCUAUGACAACAUCUGCAGCAACAGCAACUGUGUCAACGACACCUGCUCCAGUAACGACUGCAGAAACGACACCCGCUGUUAUAACAAUACCUGCUGCAUCAACGACACCUACUCUGACAGCCGCAGCAAUAACUGCAUCAACAACAAAACCUCCUCUGACAACAUCUGCAGCAACAGCAAGUGCGUCAACGACACCUGCUCCAGUAACGACUUCAACAACAACACCUGCUCUGAUAACAACUGCUGAAACAAUUGCAUCAAGUCCAACGACUGCAGAAACGACACCCACUGUUACAACAAUACCUGCUGCGUCACAACUGGGUUCGACAACAACAUCUGCUGCAACAACUAUAUCAAGUACACCUGCUAUGACAACAUCUGCAGCAACUCUGGUCAGACAACACUGCUAUGACAACAGCACCUUCUGUGACAACAUCUGCAGUAACAACAACUACGUCAACGCACCUGCUCCGGUAACGACUGCAGAAACAACAACACUUGCUCUGGCCACAACACCUGCCGCAGCAAUAACUGCAUCAACAACACCUGCUCUGACAACAUCUGCUGCAACAAUUACAUCAACUACAACAACUGGUCCGACAUCAACAUCUGCUGUAACAACUGAAUCAAAUACAGCAACUGCUCCGACAACAACAUCUGCGCAACAGCAGCAACACCAAUGCCAUAACAACAGCUUCUUUGACAACAACUGCAUCACCAACACCUGCUCAGACCACAACUGCAGCACAACAAGUGCUCAGACAACAUAUCUGCUGCAUCUGCAUAACAACAACUACGUCAACGACACCUGCUCCAGUAACGACUGCAGAAACAACAACACUUGCUCUGGCCACAACACCUGGUCAGACAACACGUGCUAUGACAACAUCAACUGCAUCAACAACAACACCUGCUCUGAUACAACUGCUGAACAAUUGCAUCAA